AUGCGAGCUUCCUCGUACGGCGAUCCUACCAUUGUCGUCAUUACGACCCUCCCACCACGAGUUCAUACUCUUGUCACUUCCGCCACCGCCAUGGGCCCGCUGAGCCAACAGGAGCUCACGGCAGACGAACUGCUGCUUGCUCGUGCUGAAGCCAACGGUUACCAGCGAGGAGCACACAGAGAGGCCGAUGAAGUUUCUGGCCGAGACAAGCAUGUCGCGAAGACGAAGAAGAACCAAGAUGCUACCCUCCGACGCUAUGUCCUGUGGCGUCUUAGUGCCAUGAGAAAUGAAAACGCCCAGAAAGGGCUGUCCCCUCCCGAUGAAGAGAUGGCCCGCCGUCAGUAUCUAGGGCAAAAUGUGACUGCCCCCGAUCUUGCGACCGUCAAAGACUUCAUCCGGUUCUACAUCGCUACAAGUAAGCCCCAGCUUGACAAGGAGGAAAAGAGACCGACUGCCGACUCGAUCAACAUCGCGGCGGAAUGGUUCUUCGCCGGCUUUACUCGCGUCACAGGAACCGAUACCGAUAAAGACGAACGGAGCGAAGUAUACAAUUGGGUUCGACAGACCUUGACCCGCGAAGGGAUUGUCGUGAACAAACACCGGCCGAAACACAAUUUCACCGACCGCGAUCUUAAUCGCGUCCUUCUGACCCUGUGGACGCGAGACGAUCUCAUCUUCAUCCCCGAGCGAUAUCGAGUUCAGGAUGUCACGCUUGUCUUACAGCGUGUGAGCGGUCGCAGCUGGAGACUGAUCUACAAGGUCGACCAGCGGUGGGUGAAAAAUAACCGUGAUCCCGAGAAUAUAGUCUUCGGUGCAGCGGCGAAGGACCAUGAAAGGCUCUUUUACAAUGACGCCGGUUUCCUUCUCGCCAUGGCUAUCGCUGAUAACGCCCUCUUCGGAUAUGAGUCUCUGGAGGAUGUGCGGGCGCAGGAGAUCUCGCCGGGUAAAGAUGAGCUAGUCCUUAGAUUCAAGGAUUCAGCCUUGGAACGACCGAUUCUUCGGAAGUGCACAAAAACCGGCGGUGUGACUGACGACCCCAUGCCCAAAAGUUCAUUCACCGCCAUCCUCAAGAGCACCUUGACCAAUGCCGGCUACCUCUGUGGCCCGUCGAUCCACGCGAUAUGGCGGCAACUCGGUAAAGAGGUUGACAAACGGUAUACUGCUGUACAACGCUCGCAACACCUAACGCAAGCCGACGAACGAGUCUUUGGCCAGAGUUACGUGGCCAACUGUUCCUCCGUCGAUGGCCAGGCGGCUUUCCGAAACGAAAAGAGCGACCAUCGUCAUAUCGAGUAUUUCCAAAGCAUGGAAAAGUUUCACGAGGAAGGCCUCCCUGAUAAGCUCCCCUCGCAUCUCGAUGAUGGUAUAUACCGCGAUCCAGAGCUCCGGGAGCUUGAGAAAGAGAUGCAAACACUCGUACAACCCGAGGGCGGCAGUAUUGCUCGCAGUCGGCCUAAGCAACAGUACGCCAACCGCCUCAAAAAGUUAAAGAAGCAAGCGCUGCGCCAGUACCAGGAAAACUGGAUUCGAGAACGUCGAGAUUGGAAGAUUCUGACUCGAGGGAAAGCGGCAGCACAGGACAAGUCGAAGACCGACUUCGUCCAGAGCCUCUGUCUGUUGAUUCCGGAACGAGGGCGCCUCGCUCAGUAA